AAUCUUUCCUAGGACCUUCUUAAAGCGGUGAUCAGAGGAAAAUUGCUGCUACGACUUAGAAAACAGAGAAAGAGCAGACAAUUGUUUGAGAUUACACAGUCACCGUGUGAAUUAAUUCAUCAUCUGGAGCUGUGUUAUUGUGUUUAGUUACCCUAGUACACUCUGCUUUUACUGAAAUUACUGCAACAACUCAACCGGCUUAAGAUUUGGCAACGUUACUCGCUGGGUGGGCAUUAUCCCCAUUCCCCAGCUAGUUAGUUAGCUAGCUAGCUAAAUGUGCUAGGUUUGCUAGCUAGCUAACUAACGUGAACUGCCGCUGCUUGGCCGCUAGCAGCCCGCAUUCAACGCAGCAGUCAAACUGAGAACGGAGUCAUUGUUGGACUGGAAGCUGUUUGUUCUGCGUCUGAAAUCAGUCAUGGAGAACGAUGCUUGUGCAGAGCAGAAGAAUAGCGAUACUGCUGUGGACCAAGUUAAACAGCCAGCAGCCACAGUUCCUUUCAGAUACACCAAGGAGGAACUUCUGGAAAUAAAAGAACUGCCGGUCUCCAAUGAAAGGCCAGAUUGUCUGUCUGAGAAAUAUGACAGUGAUGGUGUCUGGGACCCUGAGAAGUGGCAUGCCUCACUAUAUCCCACUUCAGAGCGUAGCUCUCCGGUGGAAGGUUUUAAGAAGGACUAUGUGGAUGAUAGAGUUCCUUUGAAACGAAGAAUCCCAGAUCCUCGUGAGCGGUUAAAGGAGGAUGAUCUGGAUGUCGUACUGAGCCCACAGCGGCGCAGCUUUGGAGGUGGAUGUCAAGGCAACGCAGCGCUUGCACCCCACGCCCGUCGCCCAAUUAGCCCCCUGGAAAAUAAGGAAAAUGAGAGUCUCCGUCUAGGAGCUGCACGCAGAAUCGGCAGUGGCCGCAUAAUUGCUGCCCGAGCCUUUGAGCGAGAAGCCCGUGCGGAGAAAGAGAGGGAACGUGAGAGAGACUUUAAGGAUAAAAGAUUCAGGAGAGAUUUUGGCGACAAACGUGUGUUUAGUGAAAGGAGAAGGAAUGACUCUUAUGCAGAAGAGGAGCCGGAGUGGUUCUCUGCGGGUCCCACCAGCCAGUCUGAGACAAUUGAGCUCAUUGGAUUUGAUGACAAAAUCCUGGAAGAUGAUAAGCGCAGGUCCAAGCGUUCAAGGAAGCGGGCAGAGUCUUUAAAAGAAGUAGUGGAAUGUAAUGGUGGACAGGCUGGAGAGCAAGAUGGUGGUUUGCAGUCUACUGCUGAUCAGGAGGUUCCCCACCCUGAUGUUCUGCCUGAGCAGUCAACUGGAGACUUUGACUUCAAUGAAUUCUUCAAUCUGGAAAAGACUAUGCCAGGACUGGCUUCUAUGAUAGAAGACGUUUUGGGGGAGGGCCCUGUAUCAGCCAGCCGCUUCAGUCAGUGGUUCUCCAGUAACAUGAGCCCUUCAGGCAGCCGGUCCAGCAGUCUGAGGUCCACACCCCAUGAGGAGCUGGAAAAACUUGCAGGGCUUGAGCCACGCUGCACAUCUCCUGGCCACGGCCCUGCCCCAUACUUCACGCCUAUUCAAUCAUCGGACUGCAAGGAGAAGGUGGACAUCCUAGAGCUGCUGCACAAGGCCAAAAUAGACCUGAAACCUCUUCUUUCCACCCUGUCUGUCAACAAGGCUCGGCUACGGGAAAGCACUAACUGUGGAGCGGUGCUCUCACUAGAGGAAGUGGAGGGAGAGAUGAAGGGGAUGAAGCUGGGCUCAGAACCACAGCUGCGAAAGGUGCCUCCUCCGCAGAGGGGAAAUGGCACGCCCUUCAUGGCUGAACAUUUAGAGGAGGCUUUAACAGGUGGCUCCAGCGUCCGUCCACAAACUCGUGACUCAGACAUGUCGGCCUUUAAUAAACUGGUCAGCAGCAUGAAGGCAAGUGGAACUCUGCCAACUCACCCCAAAACCAACACAAACAAUCAACCUUCAGACCCAGCUGUGGUGACCGUGUCUGAAGCUCCGGUGCCUGCUCAGCAGCAGAAAAACAUAUUUCAGGAGCUCUUGGGAGGUCCUGCCCGUAGUUGUUCUCCUACACUACUUGGCAAUCUGUUGGGCAGCUCUGAGGGCCCCCCAACCUCUGCCCCUCUACAUGGCCUACUACACAAGGGCCCGUCACCCCCUCUCUUUCCACAAAGGGCCCCCUCCCCUGACUACUUCAAUAGUCGGUUGCAACCUUCAGCAGGUUUUCCUGUUGGUCCUCAGCACAUGCUGCCAGAACAGUUUGCUGAAAUACACAGGUCUAUCAGCCCUGGAUCUGCUGCACAGCAACAGAUGAGGGCGCUCUCUAUGCCAGUGAAUCAGGCGGACUUGGAAGCGCUGGCAUUCCAUCAGGAUCUUGCUCUACAUGCUCACCACUCAUUCCAGUCCGGCUACAAACCACCACAGGACAAAUCUUUUCGAAAUAGACUGCAGCGUACAAAUCGCUCCCCUGGUCCAGGCCCUCAGUCUGCUGGAAGAAACUCUCCAGGCAAUGCUGUCACCAGCAUGUUGUCUCCGUCAUUUACACCCACAUCUGUGAUCCGCAAAAUGUAUGCGACAAAAGAGAAAAGCAGAGAUGACCCAUCGAGUCGCUCGGACUCAAAGGACGAUGCAGCAGCACACUCUCAAGAUGACGGCAGCUCCCCAAAUCUAUACCUGGACAUGAUGGAUGGGAAUGCGGCCCAGUCUGGGGGAGUAAAGGCUGGCUCGCAUACCUUGCCAAACAAGGACCAGGAGCGUCUCAGACCUGGCUCUGCUGGACACCAUGCACCCAACAUGGCACCUCCAGGACCCUCCUCAUCUUUCCCUCGUCCUAUUUAUCCGGUACCGCUGCUAUCCCAUGUACCUAUGGUGCGCCCUCCGCCCCAGCUUCACCCUAAUGUGGUUCAACGAAUGCUGGCGCAGGGUAUCCAGCCCCAACAACUUGGACCUGCUCUUGUACAAGCAGGUAUAUUUCCACCACAUGUUGACCUUGCACAACUUCAAGGCUUGCCUCCUGCCCUGCUUGGACAACCGCUGUACCCUCUAAGUGCAACAGGGCAUCCACUUCUACCUCCCAGAGCCAAUAAUCAGAUGCAGUUAGUAAUGCAGCAGCAGCAGCAGCUUCAGCAACAGAGACCAAUACAUUCAAACGUCCUAGGCCCUCAGUCACAGAGCCAAGGCCCUCACCGGACAAAUGGCUCCCAGCAACACGGGGGCAGCCCCCCUCUAGGCCUCGCCAAGUGGUUUGGAAACGACGUGCUAGAACAGCCGCUCCCCUCCAUGCCGGCCAAGGUCAUCAGUGUGGAUGAGUUGGAAUUCCGGCCGUGAGAAAAUGACACUGCUGGACAGCAAGAUAUUUUCUUUUGUCCAUCUCCUCUCAUAAAAAAUGUGAACUUUAAUUUGUAAGAUGGUGCACAGACCUGGACAGUCUAACCAUGCCAUGUUUUGUCUUCAACCUUGAAGUCACUGCUUUUGAAGAGGCUUAUCAGAAAUGGGAAGACAGUGAUGGUGAAUAGUUUUGCCGACUGAGUGAAUUUUUUUUUUUAUUUGUAUUAGGCUCUGCGCAGUAAAUAAUGUAUAGGCCCAAUUGUACAGACCAUGGGAAAGAAUCUUAUUCUCCCUGUGUAUAUAGCUAUUUUUUUCUUUUUCUCGGUGUGGGGGAAGGUGAAACUAUUCGGCAGUCGAACUGAAAACUGCGAGAGACAAAGUCACCGAGAGCUGGUAGCAUUCCUUUGACUUGUCCAACUUUAAUUUCCCCCCUGAAGUUCACAGAGAGGGCUGCUGCUAGUGAGAAAUGGUGGAUUGAUGAGUAACUACUCUACCCUUUUUGCUUUGUGGCAUGGCUAUUGGCCCCUUUUCUGUAGAUGUGACUGGCCGGAGCAUUUGAAGACGACUCCAGGGGAUGCAGCUGGUUGUGCCUUUUUCUUUUUUUUUCUUUUGUUGUUGUUUUUUCCUUCCUUUUUUAAACUGUAUCCUCUUCCCAUCCAACCUGUCACUAGGGGGGGCAGCACUGUUCACAUUGUCAUUUUUGAGGGUGGUUGGGAUUCAGUUUAUGUGCUAUUAAGUUAUAACAAGCACAAAUAGAAUUAAUAAAUAAAAUCUUCAGUAAAACACAA